UAAUGUUUGGUAAAGUGAAAAGGAAUAAAGAUGUGAUUUAAUAAAAUAUUAGUAAAAAGAAUAAGAAAGAAUUGAAAGCAUAAAAGAAAUGGGAAUAAGAUGAAGAACGCAUAAAAGGUUUGAUAAUUUAAGAAUUAAGGAUCAAAAUUUAGAUUAUUAAAUGAAUAUAUGUAUACUGUGAAUAGUGUGGAUGCAUUGAAACAUUUCAAGUAACAUCCUGAGGAAUUCAAGAUUUAUCAUACUGGAUAUGCUUAAUAAAUAGAGAAAUGGCCAGAGAGUCCUGUUGGGAAUAUUAUUAAAUUAUUAAAAGAGAGUGAAUAAUUUUAGAAUAAAAAAUUGUAAGAAUAUAAUUUAAUUUGAAAUAGAGUAGUAGCUGAUUUAGGUUGUGGUUAAGGUGAGAUUUAGGAGCAUUUUGAUAAAGAUAAAAGAUUGUGUAAAUUGAUAACUGUGAAAAGUUUUGAUUUAGUUGCAAUAAAACCAUAUAUAAUAGAGACUGAUAUUUCUAAUUUACCAAUGGAUGAUUGUAGUUGUGAUGUGGCCAUUUUUUCAUUAUCUUUGAUGGGAGUAAAUUAUUUGGAUUAUUUGGGGGAAGCAUUUAGAGUUUUAAAAAAGAAUGGACAUUUAAUAAUAGCUGAAGUGAAAAGUAGAAUGAAUAAUAUAGAUAAUUUUGUAAAUUUAAUUACAGGGAUGGGAAUGAAAAUAUUAAAAAGAGUAAUAUAAUUAAAUUAAAUGAGUAGGAUGAACAUAAUAGUCAUUUUGUAUUAUUUGUAUUUUAAAAGAUAAUGGACAUUUGUCAAUUCAAUGGUCCCUUAAAUUAGAAACGAGUAUAUUAAAUAUUAGGAUAAAAAGACCCAAAUUUGAAAGAUUGGUAAUCAUUAGGGUAGUAAAUAUUAUAACCAUGUGUUUAUAAAAAGAGAUGAAU